GUCAUGAAAUCCGAUUUCUUCGCCUACAAAGACGGGCGAAACGUGACAUUGGAGAAGCUGCAAGAAUGCCUUGCAAUGAGCCUCAACAGAUGCAACUUGCCGGGCGAUGAGGCUACGGACGGCUGGUCUAUGCAUCUGGUGGUGCAUAAGGGCGACUGGAAAUUCCGUCGGGAGCCGAACUCUGACAAACCCUGGCUCGAUCCUUGCAGAGAACGCUUCAACAAUGAUGCAGAUCUCGCGGCAGCGGCCCAGACACGUGUGGGGGACAUUUGGCCCCACAGCUGCAAAGUUUGGCUUCGCAGUGUCCGCGGCUUCAGCCCUUUGAGCGAAUGCGCGGACAUUUUACAUGCCCUAUGGCUGGGAACAGCCCGAGAUUGCGUGGCGUCCAUUAUAUUGGAUCUCGUGGCAAAGUGGCCGGCGCUACAGCAUUUGCCGACCUGGGAUGAACGCCUGGAAACUUUGACUGCAGAUGUGCGCCACUGGUGCGUGCAAAAUGGGAUACGACCCUCCACGAUCGAAACAAUCAGCAUCCUGGUCUGCUUUGUCACUGUAGAGUUGCUUUGCAGUCUAAGGUUCCCGUGUUUUGCUUGA